UUUUCUCAGUAGUGGUGUUUAGACAAACGCAAAAGUUGUUCGUGCGCCAAACAAGAAACAGCUGAAAACUAAUAAUUGUGUCAAAUGUAUUAAAAACUGUUUUUUUAUAAUUCGCUGUCGCAAUUAUGAAGGAGAACGUUACGGAUCGUUUGGAACAUUCAGACGUCCUACUACCCCAGGAGAAAGUACAAAACGGGGAGAUAUUUGUCAUAAAACACGAUGAUCCAGAAAACCCCGAAUUUCGUUGCGAUCAUCUCGCCUACGGUGACGCAGUGUUCGCAAUGGUUGUAGCGGCUCCUCUCGUGGUGGGAAUGUGGCGCAGCUCGUGGGGCAUCAUGGAGCUGCAUCGCGACAUGUUUCCAUAUGCACAGAUAUAUCUCUUGGGUAUCAUAAUACAUAUCUCCUUUGCGUUGAUCAGGUCCUAUCUAAUAUCACGAUCACGGCCGACGUCAGAAGAGGCAAAUAGAAGAUCACGCUGGAUAAGAGAGCGGUUGUUGUCUAGGAUCUAUGGAUACAUUUUCAUCUUGUCAUGUAUAAUGCAUUGGCGCGGUGGUUGGGGACUAUUUGAUAUGCUUGUAGCCGCAAUAAUCCCUGAUAAUGAUGAUCCUCAUAGGCCCGUAUUGAUAGCAGCGUUGACAGUGUUCCUAUACUCUUGCGUUGUCGCACUACGGUCCGCCAGGAACUUGCUCGCGUGUCCAUAUUUCGUCUACACCGAUGGCAAGGUGGAAACAUACCAGUUCGAAACGAGAUUCCGGAGAAAAACAAGCCGUGAGAUGGCGCUGUACGUGCUGGAUUGCAUCUUUUCGGUGACGGUGGUGGGUUCACUAGUGGUAUUCGUGUGGCGCGGCUCUUGGGCUCUGUUGGACAUCUUCUUGUACCCGGACGACCAGGUCCGCUCUUUCUGGACCUCCUUGGUGGGUGGGUACGUGGUUGUUCUGGUGACGUUUGCGCUGCAAGUACCGAUGCGGUGGGCAGCAGCGCGGUUGCACGGCGCGCCUAGACUAUUGCUAGUCGAUGUCUACCAUCUCAUGUCUUUUGUGGCCACUGUCAACGUGUGGCGAGGUGUGUGGGGCUUGCUCGAUGUGUAUUAUUUCCCAGAUCGACCAAAAUUUAGCAACUGGUCCAUACACAUCAUAAGUCUCACUCUGCUUAUUCUGCUGAACUGUUCCAACUCUAUCCUCGUGAGAGGAGUCUACAUCGACGCGGAAGAACCCGCGGGAGACUGCGUCGUAUUCCCCUGUCAUUACCUUCGACUCUUCUUCCACAAAGAGAGAACUAAAAAGAGACACAGCAGGGUACUCGCGGCCGCAGCUUUAGCAGCUGCCAGGAAAACAGAAGAAGCAAGCAUGCUACAAACGCCCGAGGAAAAAGUCUAGCAAGUUCUAUAGACUAUUUGUAGUGCAAAUUGUUGUUACUUAGUUGUAUCUGAUAUCCAGUGGCAUCAGUACUAUGCUGUCCGUGUCCUUGGUAUUGUUGUUUUUUUAUUUAUUAAAAGUGGGAUGUUUAAGCAUAAAUGUGCCUGCAUUUUGUUCGUUUUUUGUAAAAUAUAUUUCAUAGCUUUACAUUGUUAAGUAGAAACUUAACGGUUCAAAGUACAUGAAUUUAAUAACAUUCCCGAAACAAUGUAUGUUCAAAUUGUAUUAGUACUUCAUAUUUAGGUUUGAAAAGCUCUUUCCUGCCUUUUAGAUAUAUUCUUUUUCUAUGAUUUUUUAACACUUAUUUUUGCGUAGAUCUUGAGAUUAUUAUUUUUAAAUAAAUGAACCUUUUUCUUCAUUCAAUAAUUCAUUUAUCAACUGUGCCAUAGACUAUAGAUAAUUACAUCAUCAAUUUUUAAACAAAUCAUCUCAUUUUUUGUGGUUUGUUGCAUUUAUACUAGAAAUCUUCAUAUAAUUUUUGCUAUUUUGUUUAGAACACGCGUAUACAGAAAUCGUGAAAGACGCUCUUCGUUUGUUCGUUAAGUUUGUAUGUGUGUUUUCAUUGGUCCAGAAACAAAAAUAUGUUUUAGUAAAAUAAUAUUAAGUUUAUAAAUAGCAUCACUAUUGUUGUAUGUUGCUUCUUAAAUGAAAACAUAAAAAAUAUUAAAAAAUAAUAAUUGCUGCCUAGAAACAAAACAGCUAAGUAGUGCAAAUAAAAAGUUAGUUAUAUUACAGCUCAAAAUUAUG